AUGGCCAGGAGCUUCGCGGACACGCGGCUCGUGCAGGGCCACGCGCCGUCGCCGGACCCCUACGGCGCCGCGAACAUGCCCAUCUACCAGACGGCGACGUUCGCGCAGGCGUCGGCGACGGAGUUCGGCGACUUCGACUACACGCGGAGCGGCAACCCGACGCGGAGCGCCCUGCAGAGCGGCGUCGCCGACGCCGAGGGCUGCGCGCACUGCCUCGCGUUCAGUACGGGCAUGGCGGCGCUGAGCGCCGUGACGCGGCUCUGCAAAGCCGGCGACGAGGUGCUGCUGAGCGACGACUCCUACGGCGGCACCUACCGCCUGCUGGCGCAGACGUGCAAGGACGCGGGCGUCGCCGUCAAGUACGUCGCCAUGGACGGCCCCGAGGGCCCCGGCAAGCUCGAGGCCGCGAUGACGGAGAAAGUCUCGCUGGUCAUGGUCGAGUCGCCGACGAACCCCAUGCAGCGCGUCUGCGACCUGCGGGGUCUGGCGAAGGUCGCCCACGCGCACGGCGCCCUGUUGGAGGUCGACAACACGCUCAUGUCGCCGCUCCUCCAGAAGCCCCUGCAGCUCGGCGCGGAUAUAGUCGUGCACUCGGCGACGAAGUUCGUCGCGGGCCACAGCGACACCAUGGCCGGCGUCGUCUGCGUCGACGACGACGCGCUCGCGAAGCGGCUCUACUUCGCGCAGAACGCCGAGGGCACGGGCCUCGCGCCCUUCGACUGCUGGCUCGCGCUCCGCGGUCUGAAGACGAUGGCGCUCCGGGUCCACAAGGCCCAGGCCAACGCCGUCAAGCUCGCGGCCUACUUCCAGAGCCAGCCCAAGGUCACCAAGGUCUACUACGCCACGCUGGAGGGCCACCCGGACAAGGAGCUCCACGCGACGCAGGCGACCGGCGGCGGCUGCGUCGUCUGCUUCACGACGGGGUCGACGGACCUGAGCAAGCACGUCGUCUCGAAGACGCAGCUCUUCAACAUCACCGUGUCCUUCGGGUCCGUGCACAGCCUCAUCUCCUGCCCCUGCGACAUGAGCCACGCGUCCAUCCCCGCGGAGGUCCGCGCGUCGCGCGAGUUCCCCGAGGACAUCGUCCGCGUCUGCGUCGGCAUCGAGGACGCCGACGACCUCAUCGCCGACCUCGACCAGGCCUUCGCGUCCUACCGCGGCAAGUCCUGGUUCUCCUAG